UAUAAUACUAUCCUAUAUAUCUAUUAGUAGUAUUAGACUAAUAAAAGAAUAGUAAUAGAAGAAUAAUAUAGACCAUAUAAGCAUUGGGACUUCUUAAUGAAAAAAGUUUUUGAAUUCUAGAUUUAAAAAUGAUACCAAUAUAGAAAAUGUCAUACAGUCUGCAAGUCUCAAUAGCCAACAUCUGAAAUGUAUUACCAAUCUAACUAUCCCCAAUACUACGGUGGAGAUGCAGUGUAUCCUCCUCAGUAUCCAAAUUCUGGGCCCCCACCACCACCCAUGGCAAUGCAAGCUUACAGUGCUUAUAAUGUGAACCAGUAUCAAGUGCCAUCUAGUGGAUAUGGAAACUAUCAACAUCCUGGCCAAGUGCCUGGCUUGUACUCUGUACCAGUUGUCCAGCAAAUGCACCAGACAGCAGUGCAAAGUACGCAACAGCCACCACAAGUGAUGGAGAUGCCUACUACAACAUAUCUCAAAACUAUGGAUGCUCACCUGUACCAAUACCAGAUGCAGAAACAAAUGGAACUAAUGGAGAAAAUGGAAGAAAUGCUGAGAAGAGGCCAGGACCUCAGUCACAAGAAAGCAGAAGAAAUUUUAGAGGCUGAUAAAGAUCCCAAACCAGUAUUGCCAGAGAAAGUUGACAAUACAAUUACUGAAGAAGAAAUUAAAGCCACAGUCAAAGAAGAAAUGAAAAGGGUUUUUGUUGCUGAGCUUAUGAGACGCCAAAAAGUUUCAGGAACUUUCGACAUGACAGAAGGAACUGUGAAGCCUUUUAAAAAGUAUGAUCAAGGUGAUCCUGUGGCUGAGUGGUACCUCAAGCACAGGAGCAUCAAUGUGACUAACAAACCCUGGGAUCCUGAGUGUGAUUGUGAAUAUUUGCGAGAUGCUAUGAAAGGUUUAGGUACCAAUGAUGAUGCUAUUAUUCACAUUGUGUCUUCUCGAUGCAAUCAACAAAGACAGGAAUUAAAAGAUAUGUUCAAGGCCUUGUAUGGCAGAGAUUUGAUUCAUGACAUAAAGGGAGAGUUGAGUGGCGACUACAAGGAGCUGGUGAUGGCACUGUUUGUCUCCCCUGCAGAGUAUGAUGCAUGGUGUAUAAAAGAGGCCAUAUAUGGCCUAGGAACAGAUGAGCAAGCUUUAGUUGAGAUUUUAAUGACCAGAACCAAUGAUCAGAUCAAAGAAAUCAGAGCUGCUUAUCCAAAUGUUGUUCACAAAAGCAGAGUUGCCAAAGACACUCAGUUUGAAAAAGACAUUAAAGAUGACACAAGUGGAGACUUCAAGAGACUUCUUCUCUCUGCAGCUAUGGGUAAACGUUACGAGAUACCACAAAACAGACUGGAACAAGCUGUUCAAGAAAUUAUAAAUCCACAAGAUAACCAAGGAACAGGGAUGUUUGAAGUGAACUACACCAAACUCUGUGAUCAAGAAAAGGCCAAAGUUGAAGCGCAGCAACUCUACAAGGCAGGGGAGGCAAGAUGGGGUACAGACGAAGAAACUUUUAACAGAAUUUUCUCAACACGAGACUACUACCAGCUAAGGGCUACUUGGGAUGAGUAUGUCAAGAUAACACAAAGAGAUAUAUUAAACAGUGUUGACAGAGAAACUUCUGGAAACUUUAAGAAAGGUUUAAGAGCUAUAGUAAUGAAUAUAAGAAGCCGCCCCAUGUUCUUUGCUGAGAAGUUACGUGAUGCUAUGAAGGGCUUAGGAACAGAUGAACGAACUUUGAUUAGGAUUAUAGUCUCAAGAUCAGAGAUUGACAUGGUGCAGAUCAAGGAAUGCUUCCUCAAACUGACAAACAAAACUCUCUGGAGAUGGAUCAAGGAAGACACCAGUUUUAAUUUCAAGAAACUGCUUCAGGCCAUCGUUGGUAAAAACUGAAGCACUUUAAAAAUUACAUAGAGCAAGCCAGUACAUUUAUUUAUUGUUAUUUCACAAACCUAAUAGUAGAUUAUUGAUAUUUAUGUAGAUCUCUUUCUGAAUCUCUGUUUUGUUUUUUAAGAGGAGGGUAGAGCUAAUAACUCCUUGAAUUAUUAUUGGGAUAAAAUAUGUUGUAUUAUGUUUAAAUAUUGUUUUUUUUUAAAUUAUAAACUAUUGUUUUGUUGUUUCCUUGAAAGAUUUACAUUGUUAACUUCUCAAAUUUGUAAACUUAUGCCUUUUUUAUUCCAUAGCUUUAAUUCUAUUAAUAUUUUGUAUACUUACCUAUUCAUUAUAUGAUUCAAAAAUCAAUAAUUUAACGAGAAAAGUGAUUCUAUUGUUCAUUUUAUUGUUUAUUUAAAUAUUUUAUAUUCUAUGUGUUAUUUUUUUUUUUUACACCUAAGCUUCACAAAUAUUUAAUAUUACAAUAAAAUUUUGUUUAGAAAUAAAUGUCCCACUAAAUUUUUUUGCAGAUCUCUAAAUAUUGUAAUAUUUUGCUUUAAAAUUUUGCCUGAUCUAAAAAUGUUUUAUGUGCCAAGCCUUGUGUCUCUAAUAGUUUGUAAACAUAUUUUCAUAACUGACUGCAUGGAUCUCCAACAACAAGGGUUAGGUCACCCACCUGCAGACCUUUUAGUCUCCCUUGCAGAGCAUAAGUUUUCAGAUUAUAGAAUUGAUGAUCCAUUUGUUAUGUUAAUUCAAUGAUACUGAAACUCAAUAGAGCUAUUUGAAGUUGACUUUUUUUUUGCUUAAGUACUACCUGGGAUUAGGGGAGUUUAAUCAGAAGGCCUUAAAAUUGACUUCUCUCUCACUUUUUUUCUUUUCUUUAUUUUUAAAUGUAUAUUUUUAAAUAAUUUGAUGUUUAGUCUUAUCAUAGUUAGAAAUAAUUGACAAACGUUGAGAUUUAAAAUCCUAAAUAAUUAACUAAUUAGUGUUGAAAAUACCAUUAAACAUAAACCAUAAGUGCCAGACUUUAGUAGGCACCUAAUAUCUCAUAUAUAUAUAGCACAACAUAAGGAGUAUGUAUGUAUGUAUGUAUGUCCCGAAUAGAAAUCAAAAACGGUUUGAUCAAUUUUGAUAAAAUUUGGCAUGAAUGUUUCUUAGAUCACGGUGGGGCAGGAAUAUAAGGGUGUGGGUUGUACGUUUCUGAUUUUACUUAUUUUGUUAUUCCUGUUGGGUAUACGCAUGAAAAUAGGGCAGUAUUGUUACUUGUUACUCAUGUUUAAAAAAAAAAAGAUUUAGGCCAAUGUUGAUUUUCCUCAACCAUUUCAAUUGAACAAUAGUUGGCAGCCAAGAGUUGUGUCAUCUGAUUUAAUUCCUCCAUCCACUGACUUCAAC